AUGGAAGAAAGCCUCAAGCAGCAGCGGGGUUGGCUUCCCUAUGGUCGACUCCUCAUGACCUUUUUCGAUCACUUCGAGGUCAUUCGUGCCGGCUUGCCCUACAUUCAUCCUGCACUCGAGGAUAUAUACAUUGAGGCGACCUUUCGUCACAUGCAUUUUGAAAAGGACGAAACAAUCAACACGUGGGUCAAAGCCCACAAGCAAGGUCACGUUCUGAUCAAUGAGGUUGAGGCCUCCAUGGAGGCAGAAGAAGAAGAAGGCGAGGAUGAGGAUACUUCCUAUGGCCAUAUCCUGGAGUGCCUGGACGGCCUUCAGCAUGCCAUGCCGCAGUCUGAAAUACGUCACCGUCUGGAUCAACCCGUUUAUAAAUGGGUUAAGUGGGUCUGGGUGGGUCACCCGCAGGGUGACCUGCUAAUUCGCUAUGCCUUCGGCCCUUCACGCGACUCAUGUCUCAGUGUUGCAUGGAGUCACUACCAGUCAUCGUCUCCUUCGAAUGAUCAACAGACGCGCGUAGAGGACCAGCCGGCAGCCGACCAGAGGUGGAGCCGUGGAGAUAAAUCUGAAAAGAACAGUUCUUCUAUCAAUGAUGGCACUAGCAAAAAGAGACAACGUAGAAAGACAUCAACUGCUUGGGAUGAAUUCUAUUUGUUACCUAUAGAUGUUGAUGGAAAACAGAAGGCAAAAUGUAAAAAAUGUGGGGCUGAAUAUGUUGCUAAUGCUUCAACCCAUGGGACGGAAAAUUUGAGACGCCACAUUAAUAGUUGUCCAUUACGUGAUAAUUAUGAUGUGAAGCAGAUGCAUAUGGAUUAUGGAACCAAACUUCAUGCGAAAAAAAUUGAACAAGAUGUUUAUCGUGAGAAGAUGGCAAUUGCCGUAAUAAAACAUUGCUAUCCUUUUUCAUGGGUUGAGCAUGAAGGAAAUCGAGAUGUGCAUAAAUAUCUUAAUCCUGAUGUUAAACCAAUUACUAGGAACACUGCUAAAGCUGAUGUAUUGAAAAUACAUAAAAGGGGGAAGGAGAAACUUAAACUUACACUACAGAGUGCUUUUGGUAAAGUGUGUUUGACUUCUGAUUGUUGGUCUUCUCCUAUGACUGAAGGAUAUUUAUGCAUUACAGCUCAUUUUGUGGAUGAAAAUUGGGUACUGCAUAGUAAGAUUAUUAACUUUUCUUACAUACCACCCCCACAUUCAGGAGUUGCUUUGUCAGAAAAAACAUUUAAUGUAUUGAAGGAAUGGGGUAUUGAUAGGAAGAUAUUUUCCAUCACAUUGGAUAAUGCAACUGCUAAUGAUAGCUUAAAAGUGAUUGAACGUGUUGUGUAUAACAUUAGAGAAAGUGUCAAGUACAUUAAGGGUUCAAAAGGCAGAAAACUUAAGUUUGAAGAGUGCAUUAAACAAGUUGGUAUACUUUCUUCAAUCAGUUUGUGCUUGGAUGUACCAACUAGGUGGAAUUCAACUUUCAUGAUGAUAGAAAGUGCACUUACAUAUCGACGGGCUUUAAUUCAUUAUGCUUUACUUGAUGCAAAUUAUAAUUAUUGUCCGUCAAAUGAAGAGUGGAAUAAUGCUAAGAGAAGUUCGAUAAAUAUUGGAAGUGUUACAGUGUCAUUUUUGGCAUUUGCUAUUGUUCUUGAUCCUCCUUACAAGCUUCAAUUUGUCGAAUUUUGUUACUCAAAGAUUGAUUCAUCCACUUCUCGACAAAAGCUAAAUCUUCUUUGUCAGAAGUUGUACUCUCUAUUCCAAGAUUACGCAAACAAAUCAAAAUCUUCUUUGGAAUCUAUUGCUCCAUCUACUGGGGGUACUGGUGGUAGUGACAAUCUCAUUAGAGAUGAGCUUUCGCAUUGGAAAGAUAAUCGAUUUCGAUAUCCUAAUUUAUAUCUUAUGGCGCGUGAUGUACUUACUAUUCCUAUCACAAGUGUUGCAUCAGAAUCUGCAUUCAGCGUUGGAGCCCAGGUUCUUAACAAAUAUCGAAGAUCACUUUUGCCGGAAAAUGCAGGAGCAUUGAUAACAACUCGAAAUUGUGGAUCGAAGUGA